AUGGCUGUCUCAGGUCGCUCCGUCAAACACAUUCGCUUCAUCAUCUUCCAUUCGUUAUUCAAGAUGCGAUCCUUCCUACUACUCGCUGCGGCAGUUCCUUUCGCCCAAGCCGUUCGCAUCGUUCAGUCAAACGAUGACGGCUGGUCAGAGGCAAACCUUCGCACCUUUUUCGACGUCUUGAACUCUGCUGGUCACGAUGUCGUACUGUCUGGUCCCGCCGAGAACCAGUCUGGCAGAGGAUCCUCCGACGCACCCCCGAAAACCGUUGAUUCAGACGGUUGCAUUCAUGCGUCCUGCCCAGGAGGAAGCCCGCCAACCGGCGCAAACGCGACAGACCCUCGCUUAAACUACGUCAACUCUUUCCCGGUCACCUCGAUCAAGGAGGGAAUCGAUGUCACUGCCCCCAAGCUCUGGAACGGCGCAAAGCCUGAACUCGCUCUGACCGGACCGAACGUCGGCAGCAAUGUUGCUGUUCAGGUCCCCUUCUCCGGCACAGUCGGCGCUGCUGCAUUCGCGGCAAAGACGGCUCAGAUCCCGGCCAUCGCCUUCUCUGGCGUGACAGGAGAUCCUACGGCAUGGAACGCACCUACUCCUUUCCACAGCAAGGUCUAUGCUGACCUGGCUUUGAACGUUACCACGACCAUCAUCAACUCUGGAAAGCCGUACCUCCCAGCAAACUCCUUCCUGAACGUCAACUUCCCCGCUGUAUCCGAGACCAAGUGCAGUGACCCCAGCCAGUUCAAGUACAUCUUUACUCGCAUCAACACUGGUCUUCUGAGUGCUCGCGAUGCCGAGUGGUGCGGUAGCACGCGCCUGCCGUGGGAGGCGGACGUCAUCUUGAUCCGUGGAAGCGACUGCUACGUUACCAUCAGCCCUGGCGAUGCAAACGACAAGACGACUAUGAAUGAUGCUGCGGUUCAGACUGAGAUCAUCAACAAGCUCAAGCCGAUCCUUUCCCAACACCUUCAACCGACCUGCAAGAUUUACGAUACUAACUCCAAUACCAUGUCAAACCACGGCGAUGUCGAAAUACCAGCACCGCGCACCCAUAAAUCUCUAUCACUUGCAGCGCGCAUGAAAUCGUACGAAGCACAAUUCGACCACACCCUUCCUCUCGACAAGCCCAUCAUCCUCCGCCUGGACGGUCACGGCUUCUCACGCUUCACCUCGCAUUUCGCGCGCCCGUUCGACGAGCGCAUACACAGCGCCAUGAUAUCAACGUGCACCGAUCUCCUCCAUUUCUUCCCCCGAGCCACAGUCGCAUACACGCAAUCCGACGAAAUCACCCUAGUCUUCCCAGAAGGCGUGCAAAGUUUCAACGAGCGAGUACAGAAGCUAUGCAGUCUAAGCGCUAGCUACUGCUCCGUGAGAUUCAACAAGCAUCUCACUGAUGCUCUGAAGACCAUGCCUGAGCCAGAGGUCAAGGGCGAUGUGGAAGAAGUGUUGGGAACGGCGCAUUUCGAUGCAAGGCUCUUUCCUGUGCCUGACAUAGCAGAGGCGCUUAAUAACCUUAUUUGGCGCUGUCGCAAUGAUGCUGUGAGGAAUUCUGUUUCCGCUUUUGCGAGGACUAUGUAUUCGACCAAGGAGAUGAAUGGGAAGAAGACGAAGGAUCUUGUUGGUAUGAUGCUAGAGGAGAAAGGUGUUAGGUUUGAGGAAGCGGUGCCGAAGUGGGCGAUAGAGGGCUGUCUGUUGAAGAGAGAGCAGUACGAACACGAGGGGGUGAAUCUGAAGACUGGAGAGACUGAGAAGACGUUUCGGACGAGGACGCGGGUGGAGGAGAGGGGUAUUCGCGAAUUUGGAGAUGAGGGGUUGAAGGCGAUGACAAGUAGGUAUUGGUAA